AAAUGUUAUAAUCUAUCAAACUUGUAUAUUUUCUUCCACUCAUAAAUAGAAAAUGGUUCUAUAUCUAAUUAUAUCUGUAAUCACCAUCAUCAUCACCACUAACAUGCUUUAUCAAAGGUGGUGGGCAUCCAACAUACCUCCAGGACCAAAGCCACGGUUUCUGCUCGGAAACAUUCAUCAACUGAAACCACAUUGGACUCAUUCUUUCUCCGAAUGGUCAGAAACUUAUGGUCCCAUCAUAUCUGUAUGGUUUGGAACAAACCUCUCUGUCGUUGUCUCUAGCUCUGAUUUAGCCAAACAAGUGUUGAAAGACAACGACCAUCAUUUAUGUAAUCGAGAAAGGGUCGCAAAGAUGACUCAGUCAGGUCAUGAUCUUGUUUGGUCUGACUACAGUCCACAUUACGUGAAGCUGAGGAAACUAUGCACGUUGGAGCUUUUCUCUUUGAAGAGCAUUGAGAGUUUCAGAUCGUUGAGAGAGAUGGAAACAAGGUCCAUGGUCGAGUCGGUUUACAAGGACGUGAUGAUAGAUUCAACAGAUGAUCAGACAAGAAAGCCAGUGGUAGUGAGGAAGUAUCUAGCUGCUGUUGUUUUGAACACAAUCUCAAAGUUAAUGAUUGGGAAAGAGUUCAGCACCGAGGAAGGUAAAGAGUUCAAAGAGAUUGUCCACAAAGAACAUUAUCUUAGUGGCUCAGGGAGCUUGUUAGAUGUCAUCUGGUGGCUCAAAUGGGUUUCGAAGUGGCUCGUUAGCGACAAGGACUUCUUGGCGCACAUGGAUAGGAGGACAAAGUGGUUUAGAGGAGCUAUAAUGGUGGAAGAAGAUGUAGCAGUAGAGGAUCACGAGGGGUUUGUUAGGAAACUGUUGGUGUUGAAAGAGAAUAAAGAGCUGAGUGAAGAGACGGUUCACGGAUUGAUCUGGAACAUGUUCACCGCAGGCUCAGACACAACAGCUGUUGUCCUAGAAUGGGCUAUGGCAGAGAUGAUCAGAUGCCCUAACGUUCAAAGAAAGGCUCAGCAAGAGCUUGAUGCCGUGGUUGGAUCAGAAAGGCUAAUGACUGAAGCAGACAUACCAAAGCUGCCGUAUCUACAAUGUGUUGUCAAAGAAGCACUGAGACUUCACCCGUCAACACCAACAAUGCUUCCACACAAAGCAAGUGAAACGGUCUGGUUAGGUGGGUAUACGGUUCCUAAAGGAACCACGGUUUAUGUCCACGUGAAGGAGAUUGGUCGGGAUCCAGUGAACUGGAUAAACCCUGAGGAGUUUAGACCAGAGCGGUUUCUCCUAGAGGACACUGAUGUCAAAGGUCGAGACUUCAGGGUUCUUCCGUUUGGCUCGGGGAGAAGGGUGUGUCCAGCUGCACAGCUCAGCAUGAACUUGAUGGCAUUGGUGAUGGGGAACUUGUUGCAAUGCUUCUCGUGGAGUUCUCCUAUUCCUCCGGAGACUAUUGACAUGAGCGAGAUUCCUGGAUUACUUUGUGUCAUGAAGACUCCAGUGGAAGCACUAGCUUCGCCGAGAGCUGCCACAAGAGCUAUAUCUUUAAAUAUGGGUUGAAAAAUGGAAACUCACCAUGAUGACUCUCAUUAGGGAGAAGAAGAUGAAGUCAUGUCAAAAACACUAGAGGCAUGGCAAAGUUUACUACAUUUUUUUUUCUUUUUUUACUACAUAGUUGAAACUGGUUUCAUAAAAUAAAAAUGUAGCUGAUGUAUAUGGAAAAUAAAAGUAUAACUUACCUCA